GGCGCGAGUGCGGCGAUGCUGUUGGGACGCGCGUGCACCGGCAUGUCUACUUUCAGAACAGCAGCUCCUCACUCCUCCUACAGGAAGAUGUUCGGCGGAGAUAGAACCGCGGUGAGAAGCAGCUACACCAGCCGCCAGUACUCCGCUCCCGUGCGCACUACUCGGGUGUUGUCCUUCGGGGCACCCGGCGGCGGCGGCGGCGGCGGGAUUUACGCCACCAAGACGCAGCGUCUGCGCAGUAGCAGCGCGGCGAUGCCCCGGCUCUCCUCGGGGCAGCUGGACUUCACGCUGUCCGACGCCAUCAACAGCGAGUUCAUCGCCAACCGCACCAGCGAGAAGGCGCAGAUGCAGUCGCUCAACGACCGCUUCGCCAGCUACAUCGAGAAGGUGCGCUUCCUGGAGCAGCAGAACAAGAUCCUGCUGGCCGAGCUGGAGCAGCUCCGCGGCAAGGGCACGUCCCGAGUCGGCGACCUGUACGAGGACCAGAUGCGGGAGCUGAGGCGCCAGGUGGACCAGCUGAGCAACGAGAAGGCCCGAGUGGAGGUGCACCGGGACAACCUGGCCGACGACAUCGGGAGGCUCGGAGAAAAGUUGCAGGAUGAACUGUCCCUGAGGGAAGAGGCAGAGGCAAACUUGCAAAGCUUCCGACAGGAUGUGGACAACGCUGCCCUCAGCAGACUGGACCUGGAGAGGAAGGUGGAGUCCCUUCAGGAGGAAAUCGACUUCCUCAAGAAGCUGCAUGAUGAGGAAAUGCUGGAGCUGCAGAAUCAAAUCCAGAUGCAGCAGCAUGUGCAGGUGGACAUGGACGUGGCCAAGCCAGACUUGACGGCCGCUCUGAGGGAUGUCCGCCUGCAGUACGAAAACCUGGCUUCCAAAAACAUCCAGGAGUCUGAGGAUUGGUACAAGUCCAAGUUUGCCGACCUUACCGAAGCGGCCGCCCGCAACAAUGAAGCUCUAAGGCUGGCCAAGCAAGACGCCAACGACUACAGGCGGCAGGUUCAGGCCCUCACCUGUGAGGUGGAUGCCCUCAAAGGAACUAACGAGUCGAUGGAGCGGCAGAUGCGAGAGAUGGAGGACAAUUUCUCCAUGGAGACGUCCGGCUAUCAGGAAAGGGUCGCCCGCCUGGAGGACGACAUUCACAACAUGAAGGAUGAGAUGGCUCGCCACCUGCGGGAGUACCAGGACCUCCUCAACGUCAAGAUGGCCUUGGACAUUGAGAUCGCCACCUACAGGAAGCUGCUGGAAGGAGAGGAGAGCAGAAUCUCGACCCCAAUGCCGAACUUCUCCUCUCUCAACCUAAGAGGUAGGUUUACUUUUACACAUUUUUACACCGUUAAUGCGGCUUUGAUGAUUAACAUUGCAAUCGUUCCAGAAACCAUGAUCGAUUACAAACCUCACAUGGAAACCGCAACCACCAAGAAGGUUCUCAUCAAGACCAUCGAGACUAGAGACGGUCAGGUGAUCAACGAGUCGACCCAAAACCACGAUGACAUGGAGUAAUAACAAAACAAAACACACAAGCAAUACGAAGAUGAUCACUGGGUCUACAUUCAAUGACACACAGCUUCGAAAAGUGCCUUAUAUAUACACGUCAAGAUUUGCUAAGCUAGUUAGUUUGAAACACAAUGCCAUUUCUGUUAUUUUUGUCAAAGACCACAAUUAACAAUAAAAACAGUGCUACUGUACACACACAGUCGAUACAAAACACCUUACUUUUAGUCAACUUUUUGAUAGAUUCAGCAUGCACACGACCGAAUGCUAAACAGGUCACCAUAGCCCUGUAUGCAGCAAUAAACUAAUGAGACUGUAAGCUAGGUGUGAUGCUUUUGUGGUGUACUCUCAUUGUCAAAUGCUAAUAAUAAAUGAACGAGUUUUCCUAA